CACAGAUAUCGUAAAAUCUCUUACACAUUGGUCAAGAUUGAACGUUUAUAACUUUAUAUUAUAAAUUGCAAUUGCUUGGGAAUUUAAUGGCCAGUUUACAUGAUACAUAAUACAAAGUCCGAAACACAAUGGCGGAUACCGAGAAAAAGAAUUCAAUUAGCGAGCUGCAAGAGUCCAGCUACGCAGUUGAUGACGGCGGCGAUGAAGCGUUUAACUACCUGAGCAGAGAGGAGGCCGAGGCCAAGGGUAUCUUCUGGAUUGACCCGCACCCUCAGACCGGCAACGAGAAACUCAAGGUGUACGGUCAAAUCAUGUUGCUUGCACUCCCCUGGGUUGGUGUGCAAUGUAUUUGGGCUGCCGAAUUCGGUACCACCACACCAUAUCUAAUUGCAAUGGGACUAGGAGAAAAGGCUGCUUCCAAUAUUUGGUUGUCGGGACCUCUCAUGGGGUUCUUUGUAGCACCUGUUGUUGGUUCACUAUCUGACAAGACACACUUGAAGCUGGGACGUCGCCGUCCCUGGAUGAUCAUCGGUCUUUGUCUGCUUGCCCUCUUCAGUAUGCUUCUCGCAAACUCUAAGAGUAUGGGGGAUGCUGGUUUGACUGUAGCGAUGGUGUCGUUCAUUUGCUUGGAUGGUUGCAUUAAUGUUAUCCAGACCCCACUCCGCGCACUCAUUGCAGAUUUCGCACCGCCCUCGCAGCAAUCCGCCGGUCAACUUAUGGCCUCCACUUUCCAAGGUGUUGGCGGUUUGGUAGGAUACGUGCUUCAGAAGUAUUUCUAUACGGAUCCCCUCGAAGUAAUGGUGCUGUUCAUUCUUGUGUUGGUGGUCAAUGUGGUGUUCGUUGGUCUGGCUUGCUUCUUAAUUAAGGAGGAGCACUUCCCCAAACCAGAGGGCGAAAAAGUAUCUAUUGCCGAGCCUUUCAUCCAUCUUGCCAAGUCGAUCAAACAGCUAACUGGCAAGCUAAUCAUUGUCGGUUGCACCGUAUUCUUCUGCUGGUGGGGGCUCUUCGGCUGGUGGCCCGUCAGUUCCAGUUGGUACACCACGGUUGUCAUGGAAGGUUGUGGUGUUAACCCAAGGGAUACUCCCGCUGGAGAAACUCCCGUAUGUUCCCAGGAAGACUACGACAACUACAGUAAGGGACUGGAAGUCAAUGCAAAUGCUAACAUUCUUGCAAAUGUCAUGCAAAUCAUCAUGGCUGGUGGUCUAUCCAUGCUGAUGACGAGAGGCGUCAUUGUCAAAUGCCGUUUCAUCUGGAGCGCCCUGCUUGUUGUGGGUUGCUUCCUUAUGGUUGCAUCAUACUGGAUCCGUGGUGAGGCAUACGCUUACAUUGUAGGUGUUGGAAUGGCCAUUCCUAUCUCAGGUAUCAAUGCGUUUCCUUUCGCAAUCGUUGGUAAGUACAAUCAGGAAUCCAAUGAAGAGUCAGGAGACGAGGCACAGGUUGGAGCACAAUUCGGACUUCUAAAUCUGUUCAUUGUUGUCCCACAAAUCAUUGUAACUCUGGUCGUGGGAGAGAUGCGUGUAAGUCUAGGUCUCGAGGCUGUUAUGCUGAUGAACGGUGUCGCUUUCGGAAUUGCUGCUAUCAUCGCUGUCUUUAUUAAGGAAACCACUAGCAAGGUUUGAAAUAGUGGAGGCAAAUCCUCCUAUUAAAGUAAUAUGGUAAUAUAA